CGAUAUCAACGCAAGUGAACGCAAGUAACACGUCAAGUAGAAUCGCGAUAGUAAUUUUUAUUUUGCUUUAAACGAUUGGACCCGAUAUACUUUAUUAUCUCACAAAAAUGCGUUUAUUUAUAUUAUCGAGAAGAAAAUCUACAAAUUUUUCAGUUUCGCGUAAUUUUAUUGAUUCAAUGACAAAAAAAUGUUUUGCCCUUCGUACGAAAACGAAAAAUGCAAAAACGAAUUCGGCUGGUGGAUUUGCGAAACAGAAAAUAUUUCGUCAUUUUCAUCAACUUUUUCUUCUUCUUCUUCUUCUUCAUCUUCGAUUAUCAACGAAAAGAAUUUACAAGAAAAAAAUUCAUCGAAUAGAAAAAAUUUCGAUAAUAAUAAUUUAAAGCAAAAUUCAAUUUUUUCAUUAAAAAAUCAUGAGUACAAUUUUAAUAUUAAUAAUAAUAAUGAUGAGAAAAAUGAGGAAAAGGAGAAAACGAAAGAAAUAAAAUUGACAGUAAAUGUCGAUUUCGAUAAAAUUCAAGAUGGUGAGGAUGAAAAUUUUAUUGAAAAUGGCUUUAGAAAAUCUCACGGAUUUUCCUACACUCCAGAAAGAUUAGUGAAAUCCAAAGAGUAUAAAAUUCUUUCUCCACCUUUUCAAUUUGCCUGCAUUCACUCUUCAAAGUUCAGACAAAGGAAAUUGAGUGAACUUAUCGAUCCAAAUAAAAUUGGAGGAAUUAAUUUGCAGAAACUUUUGUGUCCGAAUAUAAUGCCAAUAGAGGAUUAUUUUCACUUGAAGGGAGAUUUCGAUUUUCACGACGUAAAAAAUCGAAUUAAAGAGGACAGCUUUUCCAGUUUAAUAUCAAAUUUCAAGGAACUUAAGACGCUUUCAGAAGAAAAGGGGAACCACAAGUUCUCAUCAUCUGAAGAUGAGAACACUUCGGGAAUUCAAAGUCCCGGUUGGAGUUUGGAUACUUCCAGUGACCCGACAAAAGCACUUCCAAGAGUUGAGAAUCUCAAAGGAAGUUCUAAUGAGGAGGAGGGAUUGAUUUUUGAGGACCUUGAAGUUGAAUCUGAAUUUUCGACAAAUUUAUUAUUGGAUGAUGAUGAUAGGGAGAAUUUAUCUGAAAUUCAAUCUAAAGUUAGAAGGCUUCAAGAUGUCAAUGAAGAUAUGCAGAAAGAAAUUGUGACAUUAAAGGAGGAUUUUCAGAAUGACGAGUGGAGAGUAAAUAUUCUAUUGGAAGAGGCAAUUAAUUAUCGACGUGAAUUACAAGAAUUGCAAUAUUUAGAUAAUCUCGUAAAUCUCCUUCGCGGUGAACUCGAAAGAAUAUCACCAAAAACAUGGCCAUUUAUUCGCAAUCACACAGAUCCUUACAGCGAUGAAAUUAAUCUAAUUAUAUGACAGUGAAUGAAAAAUUCUUUUUAUACUUCGGCUUUAUAAAUUUUUAUUAAUUCCGUCC